AUGUCAAAACCUAAAUCAUCCCCGUCAACAAUAAUUCACAAGGUCAUCAUGGUUGGAAGUGGUGGCGUUGGUAAAUCUGCUUUGACCUUACAGUUUAUGUAUGAUGAAUUUGUUGAGGACUACGAGCCUACAAAAGCAGACAGCUACAGGAAGAAGGUGGUCGUUGAUGGGAAUGAGGUUCAAGUUGAUAUCCUUGACACCGCAGGCCAAGAAGAUUAUGCUGCAAUCAGAGACAAUUAUUUCAGAAGUGGAGAAGGAUUUCUUUGCGUCUUUUCUAUUACUGAACAAGAAUCCUUCCUACAGACUGCUGAUUUUAGAGAACAAAUCCUACGAGUAAAAAAUGACGACAACAUUCCUUUUUUGCUGGUUGGCAACAAGAUGGAUCUUGAAAACAAAAGACAAGUCAGCUCCCAGGAAGCUCAAGCCAAGGCACAACAAUGGAAGGUUUCCUAUGUUGAAACGUCAGCCAAAACUAAAGAAAAUGUUGACAAAGUAUUUUAUGAUUUGAUGAAAUUAAUAAGAGACAAGAAGAACAUGGAGAUGAUGCAGCUGGGCAACAAGAAGCCUGGCGUUGGUCCAAAGACAAAUAAGUUACCCAAAAAAAAGUGCAUUAUUUUGUAA